AUGACUGAGGCAGUUGAAGUGCGCUCGUCCACCACCACCACCAUGGUCAUCGACAGUAAGAGCGGGGAUGCCGGGUCACCGCCAGCGCGGUUAUCCAGGAAAACCUUUACAGACGACAUCUACUCUACUUUCAGCUCCCCGCUAGCCUGGAUCCUGGUGCUGGCCCUUGUCAUCACCUGGUCUUGUGUUUUCGUCAUCAUGUUUGAUCUCAUGGACUACAGGACCCUGUCAGGUGCCCCCCCACCUCCUGCCGUCAGGAAAGCUUUAAAGGAAACAGGGCGUAGAGGAGGCCUUUACAAGAUUAGCUCGGACCCCAUGAAGGUUGUGAAUGAGGCAAUGGAUGAGUCGUCAAACUUGGUCAGCAUGAUGCUAAACUUUGCUGCCAGCCUCAUCGCCCCUGAAGAAGAUGAAGGAAACUUGUAUGCGGUGAGGAAAAAAGGUUCGUAUCGGCACGUUUCUUCUCCUGUUCCAAUGUUUAAAGGACUAAUAAAAGACCUGCAACUGAAUCACAAAAUAAUUCCAUGA